AUGCUUGAACAGCCGUGGAAAGAUCCUCGUUUCUUUCCAAUAACAAUUGACACUGUGAUGGCCUAUUUUUGUCAAAGAGAGAAUCCGUUUUUUGAUGUAAAUUCUGAUAAUGCAUUCAUAAUGAUGCAACAUCAAGUAGCAAGUGGACCUCAAUUUGAUGAAAUGUUAAAACGAAUAGAGGGCAUUCAGUAUGUUCUUGUUCAACCCCCAAGUUCUCCACCACUUUUUGUUGUUAGAAAACAAAAAAGAAUGAGCGCUGACAAAAUUACUCCUCUUUGUCAUUAUUAUAUUUUGGAUGGAACUGUCUAUCAAGCACCAGAUUUAUAUACUUUUUUACAUUCUAAAUUGAUUGGUAUAAUUGACCCAUUGAGAAAUGCUUUUUUAGAAGCUAUUGAAAUGACUAGAUUUUCAUCAUCAAAAGGAUAUUCUUGGGAAUUUAAAACAAAACCUUCGAAACGAGUGGAUGAAGAAGAGGAAGAAGAAAUGGAUGACAAUAAUUAUUUAAAUAAUCAAGUUUAUAAAGACGAGGAAGAUUCUUUAACUGUCCGGGCAACUCCAUAUCAACAAUUACGUACAGACAUGCUUCUUCAAGAGUUGACAACACAAUUCAAGUCUGAUCAGUUGGUAAGUUGAUUGUUCUUUAUUUGCAGAAGGUGCCAUUCUACUUUUGGGGGAAAAUUUGUGGACUUUUGGGUCACAUACCAGAAAAGUAUCCCUAAUAAUAAUUAAAGCGCUUUUCAGCCAUUUUAAAUUUUUCUAGAAUUAUGUAUGUUGUACCUAAAUAACAAUUUUCCCUCCUAUUUAAACUUUGUUCUUUUUGCAUCCAAAAAUCCGUCAGUUUUCUCCGCAAUCUUAAU